UCGGUCUGCUCCUCUGUCAGAUAUUCGCCAUGAACGACAUCGUCUCGGUGGUGGUCAUCAGCGACGCGUUCGACGCCGCGUACGAGCGCUACGCGUACGUGCUCGACGUGUUCACGUGGUCGUUCGCGUGGUUCCGGCUCUGGUGGAUAUGCUACCGGGCCGACGAGCUCGCGACACAGGUUCACUUGACUGCAAAAAUAAUGCUUGAAAAUGAUAUAAACUCAUUUCCAGAAAAGACAAGAAAAAUGGCUCUAGAUUUUUUAGAUCAAUUGCUUCAUCGUUACGUGAGAAUUACGGCGUGGGGGUUCUAUGAUGUUAAUAAGGAAUUACUUUUUAUGGUAUUAGGUUAUCAAUUUGGUUUGUGUUUGAUAUGCACUCAAUUUACGACUUCCGGCAUACAACUAGUUAAUAACAUUACGACAGUUCAACCAAAUUCCACAACUAUUAUAGAAAAAUAAUCAUAAACCUAUGAAAACUAUACAACUUAAAUAUUUUUCGGUAAUCACCUACUCACCUACCUAAAUGCCAUUUAUUAUAAAUAAUACUAUUUAUUAUCAAUGCUAAUACCUAUUAUAUUUUUUUUAAAUCAAAUUUUAUA